CUUUGGAACGCGUAGCCGGACGGAAAACUUUAACCCGCGUGAACGGAACGGAGCUUUUUGAGCUUUAAUCUCUUGUGGUCGUACGCCGUUUGUAUACGUGGCGGACCCAUCAGAUAGUCUAAUUCCAUAUUUCAUUGUCUGGCUAGAAAUAGCAACGGAUUACCAGUCAAGUGAAAAGUGCUGUUGCCCAGAUCUGUAGUUGUGGUUUCCGUCUCGUUUCGUAGCAAAUUUUAGUUCGGAAAAAUCCUCCACAUAGCAAGUGGUCGAGCAAACGAUAAAUUUUGCCAAGAAGAAAAAGUUUGUUUGAAUGCUUUAUAAAUAUUCAGCGAAACAGCACAGCAAGAGUGAACGAAGCAGUGAAACAAAAAGAGUGAAUUAACUUUAUAUAAAAGCGUGGUGGAAGGUGAACCCCCCCUCCCCAGGAGGUUGGUGUGUGAAAAGAUCAUCUGCCCGGGCUGAUUCGAGCGUUACUUCCCCCGGAAAUAAUCCGGUCUCGUCGUAGUGCCUUCUGCUGCUCGAACCCUGAAGAAUUGCAUUCAUAUUCAUCGUCUUUAUCGCCUGGCGGGAUAAAUUUUUAAUAGCAGCAAUCACUGCUCGUUUCGUUGGCAACGCUUUAGCUACCUGUGAGCUGGCGUGAAAAAAAGGGGUGAACAGCUCCCGAGCCAACAGUAACAGCCAUGGCAAGCCUGGUGCAGCCGUCCCACUCGCAACAGGUGGUCCAAAGCCAGCAAAUCGCAAUCGAGAUUGCUUCCGAACCGGUGCCGGCACCUCAGCAGCAGCAGCAGCAGCAGCAACACCAACAUCAGCUCCAAAUCCACCAUCAGGAACUGCAGGCCCAUGCUCUGCUAGCCCAGUGUCAGCAGCCGCAGUCCCUACCGACGCCCACCGUCGACAUUGUGCUGCGGGAAUCAACCCGUGCAAAUUUGAUCAGCCGGAAGAAGACAUCCGUUAGCGGUGAUAAACGUGGAGGUGGUGGCGGUGGUGGUAGAUCCAGCGGAAGGGACGACAAAGGCGAAGGAAAAUCCGUCUACCGAAAGUUCUUCAAGCGCAUCAAGACGAUACUGGAUGGCAACGAUCCGACGGCGAAAAGCAAACCGGAAGCCGAGGAUUUGCCCGUUCCGCAGCGCUACUACCCGGACUCGCUGGGUGAACUGACCCGGACUGCCCGCUUCACCGAGGACGAGAUCAAGCGAAUAUACCGGGGCUUUAAGGCGGAGUGCCCCACAGGCAUCGUGAAGGAGGAAACCUUCAAAGGCAUCUACUCCCAGUUCUUCCCGCUCGGUGCUGCCAGUGGCCAGUACGCACAUUACGUAUUCAAUUCCAUCGAUCUGGACCGCAAUGGUUCAUUAAGUUUCGAGGAAUUUGUGGCUAACCUAUCGAUUCUGCUGCGUGGCACCGUGGACGAAAAGUUGCAGUGGACUUUUGCGCUGUACGACAUCAACGGGGACGGCUGUAUCACCAAGGAGGAGAUGAAGGAAAUCGUAACCGCUAUCUACGAGCUGAUGGGGAAGGUACCCGAGGGCUGCGAGGAGGAACAGGCCAUUAAGGAGAAAGUUGAGCGGCUUUUCGAGAAAAUGGACCGCAAUUGCGAUGGAAAAAUUACCCUGGACGAGUUCAUUGAAUGCUGCACCACCGACGAGAGCAUCCGUCGUUCGAUAGCAGUUUUCGAUACCAUCUUCUAAGAAGUGUGGCAAACGAGAGUAUGAUAAAAUAGUUGCAUCAGUAAACUGUCAGCAGCAUCAGCCAUCCCUUCCCCCUCCCCAUCUAACUCCCAGCAGCCAUCCCACAACAGCCGGUGUGAUGAAAUGAUGUGAAAAUGUUAUAUCUUCCAAUACUUUGUUCCUUAUUACCAUCCCACGCUUCUGCAGCGGCCCUUCCGGUAUGCUUAACUAAAGUGUUCUCGUGGAACAGGAUCCCCUCACGAUCAGUGUUUAACAGCUAUCCUUUGUGUAAUGAAAAGUAUGUAUAUGUACUUGCGUGGCGUAGGGUCAAGACAACAAUUGUUGAACACAAGAAGCAGGGAAGGGAUAGUUUGUUCAACAAGUCAGAAUUUGCUAUACUUACAUGUAUCGGUGCAAGCAACAGCUAUUGUAUAUUCAGUACACCGCCCGACAGCGGGAAUCUGUCUCUCCAUCACAACGAAUUAUGUAGGCCAUCCCGGAAAUACACCAAUAGAGUAUUAGUCAGGAUUUAGGUACGUUGAAUAGCUACGUACCCAGCAGAUCUAAUCCUGGAAGCUUGCGGCAGGCGAUGGAUUUAGCUUUAACUCAAUCGUUGCAGUCCCGUGUAAUCAUUACACAUACACACAAACACCUAUCGCAUCGUUUACGCUUUUCAGGAUGUACGAGAGAGAUGAGGUGUACCUUGUCAUUAGAUGGAAAUUCUACUCGUACCAAUAUUAAUCACAGCUUGAAAUAACAAAUCUGAUUAAUGUUCAACAUCGGGAGUUUGCCCGAGUGUCGCUUCGUAGAUUGCAGCAAGGAUGUGUUUGAUACACCGAAAACCAGGCACUUAUACCUUUACGGCAAUAAGAAAAAAUGAUCAAAUAGCAAGACGACUAAAGCCCGAUUCAGAUUAAGGUUCUAGUUACCUUUUUUAAGCAUGUGUUAGAAUUGAACGCUUGGUAGUGUGCGUAGGAAAAUUUGUGUUCAGCUUUGCCACCGAAUUAUCCAUUUAAACCUUUUUAAAACUCUAAAAGAAGAAUAUCAGUCGAUUUAUUAGAUCAUCACGAUUCAAUUCAUGCAAAAUACCUGCUGGAAAAACCAUCGGCUUAGCUAAAUGGUGCUUUUGAAAAAGUGGCUGUGGUUUUUUCAUUGCGCAGUUGUGUUGCGUACCCCAGCUCGGUGUGGUAGUGUGAUAAAAAAUCACAGCCACUUUUUCAAAAGCACCAUCCAGCUAAGCCGAUGGUUUUUCCAGCAGGUAUUUUGCAUGAAUUGAAUCGUAAUGAUCUAAUAAAUCGACUGAUAUUCUUCUUUUAGAGUUUUGAAAAGGUUUAAAUGGAUAAUCUGGUGGCAAAGCUGAACACAAUUUUUCUUACGCAUACUACCAAGCCUUGAGGUAACUUGAGCCUUAAACAUCAGUUUCCGUCAACGGAAAAGAACGCCAACGCCACGUCACCGUUCCGUCGGGUUAAGUUGGAUGCGUUUCUCGUUUGACCCACAAGUUCCGAAUGUCAAUGUCGUUCCGUGCCGUUAAUGUUGUGUGUGAAUACUUCCCUUUAAGGUUCAAGUUACCUUUUUUAAGCAUGUGUUAGAAUUGAACGCUUGGUAGUGUGCGUAGGAAAAUUUCUGUUCAGCUUUGCCACCGGAUUAUCCAUUUAAACCUUUUUAAAACUCUAAAAGAAGAAUAUCAGUCGAUUUAUUAGAUCAUCACGA